AUGGCGAAAGUCGGUGAUGUGGACAACCGGCCGGUCCAGCAGGGCUUCCGGCGUGAAAGUGACGAGGGUGCGGUAGCGGUCAAGGAUGGAAACGGUGACGGUGGUAUUGAGAUGAAGAAGGAGCUCGGGCUGAUGGAUGGUGUGGCGAUCAUAGUGGGUGUGAUUGUUGGUGCCGGUAUCUUCGUGUCGCCGAAGGGUGUACUGCUGUACUCCGGCUCGAUCGGUGUUGCCAUCAUCGUGUGGAUAUUGUCCGGUGUGCUCAGUAUGGUGGGUGCACUAUGUUACGCGGAACUAGGCACGAUGAUACCGAAGUCUGGCGGUGAUUAUGCGUACAUUGGCGAAGCGUUCGGACCACUGCCCGCGUUUCUGUACCUCUGGGUGGCACUGUUGAUCCUCGUCCCAGCUGGAAAUGCCAUCACCGCGAUCACAUUCGCCCAGUAUCUGCUGCAGCCACUGUGGCCCACCUGCGAACCACCGUACGAAUCGGUGCGACUGCUGGCCGCUGUCAUAACCUGUCUGCUAACCGCCAUUAACUGUCGCAAUGUAAAAUGGGUCGCCAGAGUGACGGAGACGUUCACUGGGAUGAAGGUGUUGGCACUGCUGGUAAUUACUGGGGCCGGUGUGUGGCAUCUGAUGAGCGGGAAUACGGAGCUGCUCGAGGCCCCGUUUGCCAACUCGAAGAUUCAGCCAGGAUUCAUUGCGGUCGCGUUCUACAAUGGGCUGUUUUCAUACUCGGGUUGGAAUUAUCUGAACUUUGUCACGGAAGAGCUGAAGGAUCCCUACCGAAAUUUACCCCGUGCCAUCUGUAUCAGCAUGCCGGUCGUCACCAUCAUCUAUGUCAUCACAAACAUUGCGUACUUUGCCGUGCUCCCACCAGACGAGAUGCUUUCAUCGCAAGCCGUUGCGGUUACAUUUGCGGAGAAAAUGCUAAGCUUUAUGGCGUGGACGAUGCCACUGUUCGUGGCCUGCUCCACGUUUGGAUCGCUAAACGGUGCCAUCUUUGCCUCGUCGCGGCUCUUCUUUGUGGGUGCACGCAACGGACACCUUCCGGCGGCACUUUCACUGAUCAACAUCAACUGCUUAACCCCAAUUCCAUCAUUGCUUUUCUUGUGUGCCCUCACGCUAUUACUGCUGUUCAUCAGGGAUGUGUUUGCGAUCAUCAACUACGUCAGCUAUGUGGAGAUCCUGUUCAUCUUCAUUUCGGUAGCAGGUCUCCUGCGGUUACGGCAGAAAGCUCCUGAUGCUCACCGACCCAUAAAGGUUUCGCUGAUCGUACCGGUUGUGUUUCUGCUGACGGCUGGAUUUUUGGUCAUAUUCUCCGUUUUCGAGUCACCAAUGGAGGUGGGCAUCGGGACAGUAGUCAUCCUGUUGGGGAUUCCCGUGUACUACGUUACGAUUGGCAAGCCCUGGGGUUGGCUGACAAGGAAAUCCCAAUCGUUCAAUCGGUUCUGCUCCAAACUGUUCCUAUGCAUGCCCAACAGCGAAAAGCUAGACUAA